AUGGCUGUCUACUUGCCACCGGGCUUCCCCUUCAUUCCUCCGCCGCCGCCGCCGCGCUCUCUGUGGUCUCCGCCACCGCCCCCGACGAGGCAUGGGCAGUUUUCGCCGGCGCCCAGAGACAACAACGCGACGUCCCCCGGCGGGGUCAUCGCAGGCGUCGUCAUCUCUGUCGGUGCCUUCCUUCUCGUGCUCUCCUUCGUGUGCAGCCUCUGCCAAGGGUACCGCAACAGCCGCGCCAAUGCCGCGGCUGCCGCAGCCCUCGCCGCGCGACCGCAGGCGCCACCACAACCACAGUACUGGGACAACGACGAACAUUGGCUGCGCCGCCACCGGAGCGACGACCUUGUUGACGACGGCGAUGGCCCCACACGCCGCGCAAGCCCUACGGCGGGCCUCCCGUCGUUCACGUACAACCGGGCGGUGAGGCACAACGUGACGGGCGGCGGCGACGAGGCGGCGACGACGUGCUCCGUGUGCCUCGGCGCGUUCCAGGCCGGGGAGACGGUGCGGCUGCUGCCGGUGUGUCUGCACCUUUACCACGUCGAGUGCAUCGACCCCUGGCUUGAAGCGCACUCGACGUGCCCGCUAUGCCGGUCGGGCACAGAAGACCCGACGAUGCACGGCGACCUGCUUCCGCCGGUUUAG